CAGAGGCGCAGAGAAGCUUGAGCAUCCGGUUCUGUCAGCUUCGCUCUCUCUCUCUCGCUCUCUCUCGCCGUAAAUGAAAGCCUCAUCCUCAGGUAUGCCUCCUAACCCGAUGCGCUCCAGCGGCAACAACAACUACUACUACCGGAGGCGGCCGAUUCACACUCUCGGUUUGAUGGAACACACACACACAGCCAAAGGAAAGUCUGCGCUGUAAUAAAAGUACGAACUUCAGGGACUGAGAACAACUGAUUUAAAGAAAAUAAAUAAAAAAUAGCCUCGGCCAUGGCGACAAUAGGGGAUUUCGACCCACUCAACUCCAUCGUACCUGCUACAAAGAUUGAAAUCACCGUUUCUUGCAGGAACCUGUUAGACAUGGACACCUUCUCCAAGUCAGAUCCAGUGGUGGUGUUGUACGUUCAAGGCCUGGGGACAAAGGAGUGGAGAGAGUUUGGCCGGACAGAAGUGAUCGAUAACACACUGAACCCUGACUUUGUUAGGAAGUUUGUCCUUGAUUUCUUCUUUGAGGAAAAGCAGAACCUUCGCUUUGAUGUGUACAAUGUGGAUACUAGGAGCUCCAAUCUUUCCAAACAUAAGGACUUCCUGGGUCAGAUGUUCUGCACGUUAGGUGAGAUCAUUGGUUCACCUGGCGGCAGGCUGGAAAGGACUCUUUCUGGUAUUCCUGGGAAGAAGUGUGGAACCAUCAUCUUCACCGCUGAGGAGCUGAGUAACUGCAGAGACAUAGCCACUAUGCAGUUUUGUGCAAACAAGCUGGAUAAAAAGGAUUUUUUUGGCAAGUCUGAUCCUUUCCUUGUCUUCUACCGGAGCAACGAGGAUGGCACGUUUACGAUCUGUCACAAGACUGAGGUGAUCAAAAACAACCUAAACCCUGUCUGGCAGUCAUUUACUAUUCCUGUUCGAGCACUUUGUAAUGGAGACUAUGACAGGACAGUCAAGGUGGACGUUUUCGACUGGGACAGGGAUGGGAGUCAUGACUUUAUUGGAGAAUUCACCACAAGCUACAGAGAACUAUCCCGAGGCCAAAGCCAGUUCAAUGUCUAUGAGGUGUUGAAUCCUAAAAAGAAAGGCAAAAAGAAGAAAUACAUCAACUCAGGGACGGUGACCCUGCUGUCUUUCAAAGUGGAGUCAGAGUAUACAUUUGUCGACUUCAUCAGAGGAGGGACACAACUCAACUUCACUGUAGCCAUAGACUUCACAGCAUCCAAUGGUAACCCGUCCCAGCCGACAUCGUUGCACUAUAUGAGUCCAUACCAAAUGAAUGCAUAUGCCAUGGCCCUGAAGGCUGUGGGAGAAAUUAUCCAGGACUAUGACAGUGACAAACUCUUCCCUGCGUAUGGCUUUGGAGCUAAACUUCCCCCAGACGGCAAGAUCUCCCACGCCUUUCCACUGAACUUUAACUCCGAGAACCCAAACUGUGUUGGCAUUGAAGGUGUACUAGAGGCUUACUUUCAGAGCCUGCGAACUGUUCAGCUGUAUGGUCCAACCAACUUUGCUCCUGUCAUCAACCAAGUGGCUCGGAGUGCUGCAGAAGUGACUGAUGGCUCACAGUACUUUGUGCUGCUGAUGAUCACAGACGGCGUCAUCUCAGACAUGGCUCAGACUAAAGAGGCAGUUGUCAAUGCAGCCUCUCUGCCAAUGUCUGUCAUCAUAGUAGGAGUGGGCCCUGCUGAGUUUGAUGCUAUGGAGGAGCUGGAUGGAGAUGAGGUCAGAGUUUCCUCCAGGGGACGCUUUGCUGAGAGAGACAUCGUCCAGUUUGUUCCUUUCCGGGACUACAUCGACCGGUCAGGGAACCAGGUCCUGAGCAUGGCCCGACUGGCUAAGGAUGUCCUGGCAGAGAUCCCUGACCAGCUGCUGUCAUUCAUGAAGAGUCGGGGGAUUGAACCCCGCCCCCCCCUGCCCGUCACCUCCGACUCCCCCUCAGUGUCCACCACAACUGCAACCAAUACGUCUACGACCAAGCACUGCAACCCUCACCCCUGAGAGAAGGACAGCAGGCAGAGUGGAGCAAGCUGUUUGGGCAAAGGGAAGUGUGUGUGUGCAUGUGUGUGUGUAGGUGUGUUCUGGGGUUUUCAAGGUUAUCUGACAGAAACCAAAUCAGUAAACUGAACCUAAGAAUUCCUUCUGAAAGCACUGACUACGAGGAUUCCUCUGCAAGACAUGUACAAGAAGCAUAGAGAAUAGAUUUUUAAAUCUUUUUUUAUGUUUCUGAUUUUUUGUCAACAUCUGUCACAAACACUCUCCAGGUAUAACACACGAUUCUGCACAGACACACGGGCUCCAUUCAAAUCUAUUGUUUCCUUUGUGUGUUGGAAUCCACUAUGGACGCUUUAUUGACCUUUCUUGCAAAGGUGGGAAGUCAAAAGAUUCUACUACUGGUCUUGUUCACAGUUUGCCGUAAUAGAAUAAUAAAUGCUGUAGCAGCCAUCUAAACUGAUUUCUAUCAGCUGUGAAGAAAGACAGCUCUGAGGGUAAUAUCCUGUCCUUAUUUGCUUAUUCUCAGGGUGUUUCAGUGGCUAUUAAAUCAUGUCUUGGUUCUUGCAACUGAGGCCCAAGGAACACUGGCUCUUUUCUUAAAAUUAUAUGCUGUCUAUUACUGUAGAAAAUGAAACUUUUGUUUUAGUUUACUUUAGCAAAGGCAUGGAAAUUGCUCUCCUUUUCAAAGACACUGUUAGAAGACAGGGCAAGUUUAAAGUUAAAAUCCCCCAUGGACAUGAAGAGAGUUGCUUGUGAGCACCUCCUGAAAGGAGUAAACAUACAAGGGUAUGAAAUCAGCCAUCCCCUGCUCCUCUGCACCUGCAGCCGCUGUACAAUUUGAACAUAUGGAAGGGCAGAUCAUUUCAGCCCUGGUUAAAAAGUCGAACAUAGCCGUGUCUGUGAGCUCUGUCCCCAUUCUUCUUCUAAACUGUAAAUCUCCUGGCUGUGGCUGUCAUUUGGGAUGAAUCAUGCAUGAGGAAGGUGCCUCUGGUUCUGAAACUGUCUACAGCUUGUACCUAUUUAAAAUGAAAAGGGUUUCCCAUUGCAGAUUUUACAGGCCAGAAAACUUCAAAUGUAGCAAAGAAAAUGUGUGGGAAGAGUGGGAAACACCAAGAAGAAGAAGAAAUCGAAUGUGAGGUUUGGUACUUAGUGCUGCAUUGUUCAGUUUGCAAACUUUAUCUUCAUCAUGCAUGCCGAAUUCUUGUUUUUUCUUCUUCUCAUAUCCUGUAUUUUUAUUUUCCUUGCUUUUGUUGUGUGCAUGAAUGAUUUAAGCAAAAGAGAGCAAGUGCUUGAACAGAAAACCUAAAUCUUUCAUUGGCAGUCCCAAAGAGCCCAACACACUGCAGCUUACAAGUACACAGACAAAACAAAUGCAAGAAUAAAGCAGGAAAAACCAGCUGCUGUGUGGCCAAGAAAUAGGAUAAAAUGCAACAAACAUUAAUCAUUAUUAAAAUAUUAUUAUUCAUCAAUUCACUUUUCUCAUUCCUUUUAUGCUCCUGUCUCUGUAAGAGCCCUCUAUCCCUAAAAUUCAAUCUUCUCACUGGCCAUCCUCUGGAAAGUGACGGAAACCACCCAGUGCUUGAGAGCAGUGCUCGAAUUUUGUAGGUGUGACCACAGAAAGAAAUCUGUGGUGAACUGAUGUCAGCUCAUUGCAAAAGAAACAUUUCCAGUUUCUUUCAAAACUUCGGGAACUAAACUGUUGUCUCGGUUAACCCCCCAUGUAGCCACCACCAUCAGUUUUUGAAGCCGGACCAUAUUUAGAUAAGAGGGACAAGUUUUAACUUACCAGCUAAUGCUAGCAAGCUAAUGCUAGCUAGGUUGAGCAAGGUGCAUCGAUAACAUGAAUCAACAAAGACAGCACCGGUUUAGCAGUGACUCAAGCUCCCUGUAGAUGACACACCUAUUAACCAAAUCACUUUAAGUAUUUUCAAAAGGUUGAAUUAAAAAAAAAGAUGUACUACCAUAGCUUUUAUGAAGCGAAUCCUAUUCAUUCAAUCCUGUUUUUUUUCUACUAUACUUUUUAAUGGUGUCGAGACAGGCAUUUGAUUGUAAGCCCAACAAGGGACAAUUGUUGAAAAUUAGCAAUAGCUAUAAACUUAUGUGCGUUACAUCUGUUUCAUGUUUUGUACUUGGACUAUGUUAAACUGCACUGUCCCUUUUAAAUAAAUAGAUUAACAUGGCAGACAGUGAGGUUAGACUUGCUUUUGAAGCCAGCCUCAAGUGAUUCAUGAAACUGCAGUUUUGGCACUUCAAUCCUGGCUUGAUUUUGUUAACCCCAUUGUUUCUGUUUCCGGUGUGUUUAGUUUGCAGUUCAAAGACAGGCUACACGUGAAUGUUGCUAGUAAAAAGGUGCACAGUGCUAGAAUUACAAACAAAUAGUUUGUUAGGACUUCUGUCCUGAAACUCCAGCAUAUUGAAGGAAAGAGGAUCUGCCACUGCAUUAGAAACACUUGAUCAAACUUGGUAUAUCACUAGCUAAGAAGUGGAGAGACGUAAUGAGACAAGAUGAGGUCAAAUUAAAUAAGAUAUAAGAGAAAAGUAUUUGAUUUUGUGCAGUGUGGGUUCUGUCCAGUAGCAUAUUUGUAUUAGGAUGUGUUUUUAAUUAUUACAAUGGAUUUCUGUAUUUAUUGUAUAUGUUGUAAAAUGGCUCCAUUUCAUUGGUGUUUAUUUUGUCCAUUUUCAUCUAUAUUCUAACAUUUUAGCCUUCUGAGUUUUUGCAACGACAGUAUUUUUGCUGUUAGGUGGGCUCUUUUUUUGGUACCACUCCAUAAAACAAAUACUGUGAAGUUUCAUCAAUUUUCUUUUGUCUCUGACCUUUUUAUGUAGGGUUUUAGAAUGUUCAACCUGGGUGUGUCACGAAAACAGAAACAAUAAUAACAACAACGAAUGGAUUAUAUGAUAUUUAUCUGGAUUACUGAGUAUUUGUCACAUUGUAUCAGAAGGGAAAUGGACAUGUGGCCUUAUUUCUGUCAUAAUCCUGCAAGUAAGUGUGAGGGAGGACUCUAUUUUUAUAUGACAACACCAGGAAAUAUGUUAUUUUGCAUGCUUAUAUGGCUGUUAUGCUGCUAAUGAUUGUACUAUCUGUAUUCAUAUCUGAAAAAGAUUUCAGACAACAUUCCUCUGUGUGUUUACUUGUGUACUGUGCAGAAUCAAUCCUUCUAUUUCAGACUGCCAGCCUAAUAAUCCAGCACAUAACAGAUAUAUGAAAAGUAGGGUAGAUUUGUAUCAAACAACGUUUAAAACAUGCAUGUUUGUGUUAUGACUAUAUGUAAACAAACCCAAAGUCACAUAACCUGUUGGAUAUUUUUGUAUGAAGCAU